GUUGUUCUAACCCGUGCUGCUUAUUUUAGGGGGGAACCCUCUCUACUCUGAGCAAGGCAGUUUUUUCCUGGCAGGAUGCCUUCUUUUAAUUCUUCUAAUUCUGAUGAGCUGAUAUUUUUUGUGAAUGGAAGGAAGGUAGUAGAGAAGAAUGCUGAUCCUGAAGUGUAUCUACUACACUACCUGAGGAAAGUCCUCUACCUCACAGGCACCAAGUAUGGCUGCGGAGGAGGAGGCUGUGGUGCCUGCACAGUCAUGAUAUCACGAUAUGACCCCAAGACCAAGAAGAUCCAUCACUAUCCAGUUACAGCAUGCCUAGUACCUAUCUGCUCUCUUUACGGAGUAGCUGUUACCACUGUCGAAGGUGUAGGAAGCAUCAGAACCAGGAUUCACCCUGUGCAGGAAAGACUUGCCAAAUGCCAUGGCACCCAGUGUGGCUUCUGCAGCCCAGGAAUGGUGAUGUCCAUCUACACUCUGCUCAGGAACCACCUGGAACCCACCUCUGACCAGAUCAUGGAAGCUCUUGGAGGAAACUUGUGUCGCUGUACAGGAUACCGGCCAAUUAUAGAAAGUGUAAAAACUUUCAGUGCGGAAUCAAGAGUUUGUCCAAUAAAAGGAUCCGGAGAAUGUUGCAUGGAUCAAGAAGAGAAGUCUUUUGAGAGCGGACCAGAAAAAAUGUGCACCAAACUGUAUAAUAAAGACGAGUUUCAGCCCUUGGAUCCAUCCCAGGAGCCUAUAUUUCCUCCUGAACUGAUAAGAAUGGCUGAAGACCCCAACAAGAAAAGGCUGACAUUCCAAGGGGAAAAGACCAUCUGGAUCACCCCUGUGACCCUAAAUGACCUUCUGGAGAUAAAAGCCAAAUUCCCCAAAGCCCCCCUCAUCAUGGGGAAUACUACAGUAGGACCCAAUAUUAAAUUCAGGGAUGAAUUUCACCCAGUUUUCAUAUCUCCACUCAGCCUUCCAGAAAUGAAUUUUGUGGACAUCACAGAUGACGGGAUAAAAAUAGGUGCAGGAUACACCUUGGCCCAGUUGAAUGAAGCUUUGCAAUUCAUUGUUUCGGAGCAACCAAAGGAGAAGACCAAAACCUACCAUGCUCUCCUGAAGCACCUGAGAACUCUUGCUGGAGCCCAGAUUAAGAAUAUGGCGACUUUAGGAGGACAUGUGGUGAGCAGGCCUAAUUUUUCAGACCUAAAUCCUAUUCUAGCUGCAGGAAAUGCUAUCAUCACUCUGGUAUCUACAGAAGGAGAACGGCAAAUUCCUUUAGAUGGCCCUUACCUUGCAAGAUCACCUGAAGCCAACCUUAAGCCGGAAGAGAUUGUGUUGUCUGUUUUCAUUCCCUACUCUUCUCAGUGGCAGUUUGUGUCAGGACUCCGGCUGGCCCAGCGUCAGGAGAAUGCCUUUGCCAUUGUCAAUGCUGGCAUGAGUGUGAAGUUUGAAGAUGGCACAGACACCAUCAAGGACCUUCAGUUAUUCUAUGGAAGUGUUGGCCCUACAGUUGUGUCUGCGAGUCAGACAUGCAGGCAACUUAUUGGAAAGCAAUGGAAUGAUCAAGUGUUGAGUGAAGCAUGCCGAUUGGUCCUGGAUGAGAUUAACAUUCCACCAGCAGCUGAAGGUGGCAUGGUAGAAUAUAGGCGAGCCCUCAUCAUCAGCUUAUUCUUCAAAUUCUACCUCAAAGUGAGACAAGGACUGAAUAAAAUGGAUCCACAGAAAUUUCCUGAUAUUCCAGAAAAGUUUGUGAGUGCUCUAGAAGAUUUCCCCAUAGAAACACCUGAAGGAAUUCAGAUGUUCCAGUGCGUGGAUCCCUGCCAACCCCUACAAGAUCUAGUUGGUCACCCAGUGAUGCACCAGUCAGCCAUUAAACACACCACAGGGGAAGCUGUGUACAUAGAUGACAUACCUCCCAUUGCCAAAGAACUAUUUCUGUAUGUGGUCACCAGCUCCAGAGCUCAUGCAAAGAUCAUAUCAAUUGAUAUUUCAGAUGCCCUGGCACAUCCAGGUGUUGUUGACGUGAUAAGAGCAGAAGAUGUUCCAGGAGAAAAUAGCCCUCAUGGAGAGAUUUUAUAUGCACAGAAUAAGGUAAUUUGCGUGGGUCAGAUUAUCUGCGCUGUGGCUGCAGAUACCCAUGCUCAUGCAAGAGAAGCUGCAAAAAAAGUGAAGAUUGCUUAUGAGGACAUCGAGCCAAGGAUUAUCACAAUAGAGCAUGCCAUAAAGCACAAUUCAUUUCUUUCUUCUGAGAAAAAAAUUGAGCAAGGAAAUGUAGAGGAAGCCUUUAAACAAGUUGAUCAAAUCAUUGAAGGUGAGGUCCAUGUGGAAGGACAGGAACAUUUUUACAUGGAAACACAAACUAUCCUGACUAUUCCGAAAGAAGAAGAUAAAGAAAUGGUGAUACACGUAGGAACUCAGCAUCCAACACAAGUACAGGAAUUUGUGGCUUUGGCACUAGGUGUCCCAAGGAGUAGAAUCACAUGUCACAUGCGAAGAGCCGGAGGAGCAUUUGGGGGGAAGGUGACCAAGCCUGGAAUACUAGGAGCUAUCUGCGCUGUGGCCUCCUAUAAGACUGGCCGCCCAGUCCGAUUUAUUCUAGAGCGUGGGGAUGAUAUGCUGAUAACUGCUGGCCGCCACCCUCUCCUUGGAAAAUACAAAAUCGGAUUCAUGAACAAUGGCGUAAUCAAAGCUGCUGAUAUUGAAUAUUAUAUCAACGGUGGAUGUACCCCUGAUGAGUCUGAGAUGGUGACAGAAUUCAUCGUGCUGAAAUCAGAAAAUGCCUACUAUAUCCCUAAUUUCCGGUGUCGAUGUAGGGCCUGCAAAACAAAUUUGCCAUCAAAUACCGCCUUUCGAGGAUUUGGCUUCCCUCAGGGCACAGUGGUAGCUGAAGCUUAUGUAACUGCUGUGGCAUCUCAAUGUAACUUACUCCCUGAAGAGGUGAAAGAAAUAAACAUGUAUAAGACAAUUAGCAAAACAGCCUUUAAGGAGACGUUUGAUCCAGCACCCCUGAGAAAAUGCUGGAAGGAGUGUUUAGAGAAAUCUUCAUUCUAUAGCAGGAAACGGAUUGCUGAGGAAUUUAACAAAAAAAAUUACUGGAAAAAGAGGGGACUUGCAGUGGUUCCCAUGAAAUUUACCAUUGGGGUUCCUGUGGGCUACUUCCAGCAGGCAGCUGCUCUAGUCCACAUCUAUCUCGAUGGCUCAGUCUUAGUGACACACGGAGGCUGUGAAUUGGGACAAGGACUUCACACCAAAAUGAUUCAGGUUGUGAGCCGAGAAUUGAACAUUGACAAGUCAUACGUACACCUGGCUGAGACCAGCACGCUCACCGUGCCCAAUGCUGUCUUCACUGCAGGCUCCAUGGGCACAGACAUCUUUGGGAAGGCUGUGCAGAAUGCCUGCCAAAUUCUUAUGUCCCGUCUUCAGCCAGUAAUGAAGAAAAACCCUAAAGGAAAAUGGGAGGAUUGGGUUGCAAAAGCUUUUGAAGAGUCCAUCAAUCUUUCAACAACUGGAUAUUUCAAAGGCUACCAGACAUACAUGGACUGGGAGAAGGAGGAAGGUAAACCUUAUCCAUAUUGGGUUUAUGGAGCAGCCUGUUCUGAAGUGGAAAUCGACUGUCUGACUGGGGCAUACAAGCAACGUAGGACCGAUAUCUUCAUGGAUGCUGCUUUCAGCAUAAACCCAGCCCUGGAUAUUGGACAGAUUGAAGGAGCAUUUAUCCAAGGCAUGGGAUUAUAUACCACAGAAGAACUGAAAUACUCCCCAGAAGGUGUGCUUUAUUCUCGGGGUCCAGAUGACUACAAAAUCCCCACUGUCACCGAGAUACCAGAAGAGUUUUUUGUCACUUUGGUGCAUUCCCGCAAUCCCAUAGCCAUCUACUCAUCCAAGGGAUUAGGUGAGGCUGGAAUGUUUAUGGGAUCUUCCGUGUUAUUCGCCAUCUAUGAUGCAGUGUCUGCUGCCCGAAGAGAGAGGGGCUUGACCAAGACUUUCACACUGAGUAGCCCUGUAACUCCAGAGCUGGUCAGAAUGACUUGUGUGGAUCAGUUUACAGGCAUGAUUCCCAGAGAUGACCCUUCAACAUUUACACCUUGGUCCAUUCAUGUGUCUUAAUUCUAUAUUUUCUUAGAAAAUGAAAGAAUAUAUGGUUAGCCUUAACAUUUUCAAAUCAAAGCAAACUAUAGAUUGGUUCCCAAUGUCAAAGGUGAUUUUAGAAAAUUUCAAUUCUUCUCUGUAGUUUAGGUUUAUACUUUAUGAUUAAGUUUUAGCAUGCAAUUUUUUUAUCAAAGGGCAUAAUGAGAUUUAGAAUGGAAAAAAACUACUCCUUUUGUUUGCAUUAUUAUCCUGAAGAUCUAUAUUAUUAUUUUAUUAAGUAUGAUGACAUUUUCAUUACCCUGCACCAACUCAAGAGAGACUGCUCAAGUAUUUCUUCUACAGAAAUCUCAGUCUCAAAAAAUACCCACCACUACAAACUAUCCUUGUUGGAACCCCCAAAACCUGUGGUAACCUACCGAUAUUGUUACCUAACAAUGUAGGUAACAAUAUACCUACCUAUAUUGUUAUCUAACAAUGUAAGUAACAAUAUAAUCAUGGAUUCAGUUCUACUGCCACUCAGGAGGCCAAUCAUAUGAGACAAACAGUGGAAGAUAGAAAAAGAGCUCUAUUGACUACAAGCUAGCAGUUUGAUGAUGGUGGACUCGCACCUUCAAAGCAACCCCUUUUAUCUAUAUCCUCACAAAAAAACAGUUUUAUAGGAAAAAGGACAUGGAAGCAUUGUUUUAGGAGGGGAGGGGGGCUAUUGACUGGUAGAUGCCAGGAUGAUCAAUGAAUUCAUUCAUGGGCUGGUCUCCUGACACGCAUUUCUGAUGUAACUGCAAAUAAAGAUUUCUGAUGAAGGUUUCA